AUGGGCAGGAUCAUUUUUUACGAAGACAAAAACUUCCAAGGCCGUCGGUAUGAGUGUGACAGUAACUGCUCUGACUUCCAAGCCUACCUGAGCCGGUGCAACUCCAUCCGGGUGGAGAGCGGGGCAUGGGUGGUGUAUGAGAGGCCCAACUACAUGGGCUAUCAAUAUGUGGUGAAGAGAGGGGACUAUCCAGAUUAUCAGCGCUGGAUGGGUGUUAAUGACCGCAUCAGCUCCUGCAAGAUGAUCCACUUUGCUGGUGAAACUUCUUACAAAAUGCAGCUGUAUGAGAAGGCAGACUUCGGAGGCCAGGCCUUCGAGACAAGUGACGACUGCCCCUCACUACUUGAGAAACUCCACUGGAGAGAAGUUUGUUCCUGCAAGGUGUUUGAUGGUUGGUGGGUUUUCUACGAGCAUGCAAACUACCGUGGACGUCAGUAUUUUCUUGAGAAGGGAGAGUACCGCAGGCCUGGGGACUGGGGAGCGGCCAAUGCAGCAGUUCAGUCCUUCAGACGCUUCACGGAGUGA